AUGUCUGUCCAUCAGUUGCUGCUGCGGGGGACGUUACCCAGUGCCCCCUCCGCCACGCGGGCCGUUCCUAUUUCUCUCUCGGCUCACGGAACUCUUCUCGCGUACGGCAGCAACAACAACGUGGUGAUCCGAGAUGUGAACAAUCCCAAUCUUGUCAGUCUCUGCGGCUGCCAUACUUCUCCAGUCACUGCAGUGCGCAUCAGUCCCACUGGCAGGCUGGUGGCCUCCGGUGAUCAAAACGGUAAUUUGAUUGUCUGGCAACAACAAGAACAAAAACAACAACCACAACCACAACACCCGUUGGAACCACGUGAAGUUCUCAACAGUAAACAACUGCAGGGACCUGUACGGGAUAUUGCUUGGACAGGUGAUGAAGAACGUCUGGUGGUUGUGGGGGAUGGGAAGAGUACAUUUGCUGUUGCUAUUACCAUUACGGCGAACACCAUUGGAACUAUUAAUGGUCACUCACAAAAUAUUCUAACAUGUGAUAUGCGACUUGAGCGGCCGUAUCGUAUUGUAACUGGAGGUGCAGAUGCUCUUGUUGGCUUCUAUGAAGGUGUACCAUUUAAAUUUAAAUGUAAUGUCAAGGGUCAUACUGGUAAAGUAACCUGUGUGCGUUACAGUCCAGAUAUGGAAACUAUUGCAACAGUCUCUGGAUCAAGUGAUGUGAUUCUUCUUGAUGGUAAAACUGCAGAUAAAAAAUCUUCUAUUGCAACAGGACAUAAAGGUACUAUAUAUGCAGUAGCUUGGAGUCCAGAUGGAAGUAAAAUUGCUACUGCAAGUGCUGAUAAAAGUGUAAAAAUAUUUGAUGCCGUAACAGGAGCAACAUUAAGUUCUUUUUCCUUGGGAAAUGAUGUUAUGGACAUGCAACAAGGACUUGUGUAUACUUCUCAAUGUGUUAUUUCUGCCUCUCUUGGUGGUAAAUUGACAUAUAUGUGUGAAGAAGGUGUAAAGAAUGUUGUCUCUGGUCAUCAAGGACGAAUUUUAAUGUUACAUAAAGAGUCUAAUGGGACAUUUAUUUCUGUCAGUGUGGAAAGGGUUUUAAUUUGGAAUUGUACAGCAGAUGGUAUUCCAGGAAAUGCUCGAGAAGUUUCUGUUUCUUCCAAUACCAUUAUUGCUGCUACUUUCAGUAAUGGAUAUUUAUUUCUUGUCUCUGGUGGAAAUCUUCUACGUUAUGCCUUGACCGAUACAGAACCAACUGUUCUCUCAAAGGAGGCCAGCAAUGCAACGGCUCUGACCGUAACAGCAGAUGGUAAUAUUGUAUUACUUGCAAAGAACAGCUUUAUUAUUAUUGAUGCAACCGGAAAGAAAAUGGCAGAAGAAAAAAUGAAUCAAUUUGAUGGUAUCAGUGCGGCAUCUCAUAAUUAUACAGUUGUAUUGGGUGGUGAUAAAGUGGUGAAGGGUUAUCGUAUCCAAUCAAAUGCCGCACCCUCAUUAUGUGUGGAAUUCGCUGGACAUCACACAGGCAUGGUGGCAUGUGUGGCCUUCUCAAAGGAUGGACAAUGUGUGGCCUCUGGAGAUGCCAGCAGAAAUAUUUUUGUUUGGUCCGCAUUAGACGGCAGUGUACUCUAUAAAGAUUUGGUCUUCCACACCCUUCGAGUAACUUCCCUCGCCUUCUCACACAGUUCUAAUACAGAGUUGUUCUCAGGAAGUAUGGAUGCCUCACUGAUUGUGUGGAAUCUGAAGGCCAAAACACGCCGAAUGGAAGAUGCCGCACAUCGGGGUGGUGUUUCCGCCGUUGCGUGGGCAGAAGAUGGAACACUGUUUUCAGGUGGAAGUGAUUUUUGUAUACGGCAGUGGGGAGUGUCCAGUUGA